CCGUAAAGUUGAUUGUAUUUAUUUACGGCCCACGUGCCCGUUAAACCCCUGUAGAGUUCGCGAUGCUGGCACAUUUGGAGCUCACUGUUCUGACGGCACUAAACGCAUUUAUUUUAUCAUUGUGUGAUAAAGUCGAUGUACAAAAAAUUCCACUGGCACCGAACGAGGCAUCCGUUCUUGAGAGCAAAGAUGUUUUACUGCAAAUGCUAGAAAAAAAAUUGAAAGAAAUAAAAGAAAACAAGAAAUCGAAAAACGGAAACGGUGACAUUUUGCCAAAGAACGUAGAUUUCAAUCUGAAAUCUAAUGGAAUUAGCGCUGUCGGCGACACUGAUCUUCUUUUGCGAUACGGCGCAAAUGGGCAAGGAACUGUUAAUAUGACUGCCGAAGGCAUCUCAAAUGUGGGAAGAGUACAGCUCCUUUUAGGGACGGGUGACAACGGAUUACGCAUACCGGGCCUCAGUAAUCUGUUCUCUGGUUCUUCAGUCAGAUCCGGCGAUAAAAAUAUGGACAAUCAGUUACAACUUGCCAGUCAAAAUGAUUUUGGAUUCAGAAGGCAAACUAACGGCCCAAGUACUAACAAUACUGAAGAUAAAGUAAAUGAAGAUGCAGCAACUGCUGUUGCUGGAAAUGAUAAUAAAGCAAACAUAGAUGAAAAAGCUAAAGCAGAUACAGUAAACGGUACAGGAACUGGCAACCCAACUAUUGCUGCUACAGGAGGGAAUGUACCGAUAAUACCAAAUGCCAAUCCUUCAAAUGCAUCAGCCAAUGUUGUAAACCCCAAUCCUGCUAUCAAAAGUGACGCUGCUGCUGUUAAUGGUGCGGCAAAUAAUGGAGAAAAUUUAAAUAACAUUAGGUAAAUAAUCAUAAAUAUACGUUUUCUCUAAAA